AUGACAACCAUGGAAAAACGCUACUACAUAGAGGGCUCUCAUCGUUACCCCAUGGAGUACCAAAUCAGACAGGCCCAGCAGCUGCUGGCGCCCCAUCAGAAUCACACUCUGACCCAGCACGACCCCGGCGACCCCCUGGAUCCCCUGCCAGACCUGUAUCCGCACGACUUCUUCUUCAAUACCAAACAGACCCAGGCCGGAGGCAUGAACUACACGGACUCGUCGCCGCAUUUGCGCCGGGUGUACCCGCGACGCGACAAACAGACACAGACCAACGACGAGGGCAUCAACUUCGACUUAGAUCUGAGGAUAUCGGCGUACCUGGAGCUGCCAGAGGAACCCGAGGGCGUGCUGGAGUUUGAGAGCUUCAUGCCUCCCCCAAAGGUCGAGCGUGACAAACCCAUGGUAGCGUCUUCCACGACGAUUCCCCAGGCGAUACACAUGCAGUCGGCGGGCCAGUCCACCAGUGCAGGUAUCGUUCCUCAACAUACCCUGAGUCUGACUCAACAUGCGCAUCAUGCUCCAUCGUCGCAGCAACAGCAACAACAACACCCACAGCAUCAGCAACAGCAGCAUCACGGGCAACAGUCGCUGCCACUCAUCACGCAGUACGAAAAUGGCCAUACUACUAACGGGAUCAACGGUAUAAACGGAAUCAACGGAAUCAAUGGAAUGGGGGGUAUCAACGGCAUGCAUAGUAAUCCGCUGGGCGAACGACGAUACUCAUAUUAUAACAUCCAGGAUACCCAGCAACAGCAACAACAGCAGCAGCAGCAGCAGCACCAAACGCAGGCCGAAAACCUAUCUCCCGGAGUCGCAGCUGGUGUAGGAGUUGGGGCUGGAGUAGGGGGAGCCACGGGCUAUGAUGUCAACGGAAUGGGUUCAGCAGAUAAGCAGUUCAAGUGCGACCAGUGCGAAUGCUCUUUUCGACGAAACCACGAUCUCCGCCGCCACAAACGAAGCCAUCUACCCGUCCGUCCUUUCCCCUGUACCACUUGUUCGAGGUCGUUCAGCCGGAAGGACGCUCUCAAACGCCAUUUGGCGGCCAACGCCUGUGAGAGAGGCAAAAAGAAGCGACGACACGACUACGACGAAGACGACAGUUCUUAA